ACCACCUUAAGAUUAGGAUAAUGUUUAACCGUCAUCUUCGUAUUAAAAUUUAAAAGUUUCUGGGUUUAAUUACCUUACACAAUUUCUGUUAGGGUUUUUGUUUCUUUCUUCUUUUGUUUGAUCCCAAUUACGGUUCCUCUGAUCUGAAAGAUGCUCGCUUUUACCCCAAAUUUUCAUUUACAUAACACCACGAAUCUACGCUAACUCCGAAUUCAUCGUUCGAGCUUCGGUUCUUAAUCAAAGCCAUGGCGGUGGAGAGUUCACAGGAUUUGUUGAAGAAGCUCGAGUACUUGUCUCUCGUUUCGAAGGUUUGCACAGAAAUGGAGUCUCACACCGGAAACGCUGAUAAGGUACUUGCUGAGUUCAUCACCGAGUUGGGUCGAUCUUCCGAGAACUUCGAAGAAUUCGAUGCGAAACUGAAGGAGAACGGUGCCGAAUUGCCCGAUUAUUUUGUCCGGACACUUCUCAAGAUAAUCCACGCUAUUCUCCCUCCGAAGAAGGGUUCCGGCAACAGCGACAGUAAGGGUUCGAAGCUGGACGGUGGUGGUUCCAAGGGGAAGUUCAAGGCACUGGCUAUUGCGGAUGAUAGGGACAGGGUUAAGGAGCUGCAGAAGGAGAUUGAAGCUGAAGCCAAAGAGGAACAAGGUGGUGACAGAGACAGAGAGAUAAACGGUGAAGAUGGGGACAGAGAAACAGACAGAGGUAGAAGGGAAAGAAUUGGCAGAAGGGACAGGUAUGAUAAAUAUGAUAGAGAUGAAAGGUAUAGUGAUAGAGAUAGGAAUAGAAAUAUAGAUAUAGAUAUGGAUAGAGAUAGAGAUAGAGAUAGAGAUAGAGAUUAUGAUGAUGAAAGAAGGGAUUCUAGGAGAAGGGGAAGGGAUAGAGAGAUUAAUAGUGAUAGUGGUAGGGAUAAUGAUAAGGAUAGAUAUGAGAGGUGGAGGUUAAAUGGGUAUGAAGAUGAAAAUGAUGGUUAUGGCAAAGAAGAUGAUGGUGGUGGCUGUGGUGUUGAGAGGAAAGGUUGGAGGGAACCGAUACAUGGUGGGGGUGGUGAAGUUGAGUUGUAUAAGAUUUAUAAAGGGAGGGUUUCAAGGGUGAUGGAUACGGGUUGCUUUGUUCAGUUGGAUGACGAUAGAGGGAAGGAAGGACUGGUGCAUGUUUCGCAGAUUGCAACUAAGAGGAUUAGUAAUGCGAAGGAUGUGGUGAAGCGGGAUCAGGAGGUUUAUGUGAAGGUAAUAUCUGUUUCUGGUCACAAGUUGAGUCUGUCAAUGAGGGAUGUUGAUCAGCAUACUGGCAAAGAUCUUCCGUUGAAGAAAAGUGAUGAGGACACAUUUCGGAUUCAGGAUUUAAAGGAUGGGGCAGUUGCAAGGACGGGUCUGUCAGGUAUCGGGAUUGUGGAGGAGGAUGAUAUGGGUAAAUCACGGAGGCCUUUGAAGAGGAUGAGCUCUCCUGAGAGAUGGGAGGCAAAGCAGUUGAUUGCUUCAGGUGUUUUGAGUGUUUCAGAGUACCCAACUUAUGACGAGGAGGAGGAUGGGCUGAUGUACGAGGAGGAAGGUGCUGAGGAGGAGCUUGAGAUUGAGUUGAAUGAGGAUGAACCGGCAUUUUUGCAAGGGCAGAGCAGGCAUAAAAUGGAUACAUCUCCUGUCAAGAUUUUCAAAAAUCCAGAGGGUUCUCUUGGUCGUGCUGCUGCCCUCCAGUCUGCACUUAUAAAGGAGCGUAGAGAAGUACGAGAACAGCAGCAGCGCACCAUGCUUGAUUCUAUUCCAAAGGAUCUCAAUCGUCCUUGGGAAGACCCUAUGCCAGAGUCUGGUGAAAGGCAUCUUGCUCAGGAGCUUAGGGGUGUUGGUUUGUCAGCCUAUGAUAUGCCAGAAUGGAAGAAGGAUGCUUAUGGGAAGACCAUUACUUUUGGGCAAAGGUCAAAGCUUUCUAUUCAAGAACAGAGGCAGAGUCUCCCAAUUUACAAGUUAAAAAAAGAAUUGAUUCAGGCUGUCCAUGAUAAUCAGGUGUUGGUGGUAAUUGGUGAAACAGGCUCAGGCAAAACUACUCAGAUCACACAGUAUCUUGCUGAAGCAGGUUACACCACAAGAGGUAAAAUUGGAUGCACUCAACCUCGUAGGGUGGCUGCAACGUCAGUUGCAAAGAGAGUGGCAGAAGAGUUUGGAUGUCAAUUGGGAGAGGAAGUUGGUUAUGCCAUUCGGUUUGAAGAUUCUACGGGACCAGAUACUGUAAUCAAGUACAUGACCGAAGGUAUGCUUCUUAGGGAAAUACUGGCUGAUGAGAAUCUGUCACAGUAUUCUGUCAUAAUGCUUGAUGAAGCCCAUGAAAGGACCAUUAAUACUGAUGUUCUUUUUGGACUGCUUAAGCAGCUAGUGCAGUGUAGACCUGAGUUGCGAUUGAUUGUCACAUCUGCCACUCUGGAUGCAGAGAAGUUCUCAGGAUAUUUCUUUAACUGUAACAUCUUUACAAUACCCGGGAGAACUUUCCCUGUGGAGAUUCUUUAUAGUAAGCAGCCAGAAAGUGAUUACUUAGAUGCAGCUUUAAUCACUGUCCUACAGAUCCACUUGACUGAACCUGAAGGAGACAUUCUUCUCUUCUUGACUGGCCAAGAGGAGAUUGAUUUUGCUUGUCAAUCUCUCUACGAAAGAAUGAAGGGAUUAGGUAAGAAUGUUCCAGAACUGAUAAUAUUACCUGUUUAUAGUGCCCUUCCUAGUGAAAUGCAGUCUAGGAUAUUUGACCCUGCUCCUCCCGGGAAAAGGAAAGUGGUUGUGGCAACUAACAUUGCUGAGGCUUCUUUGACUAUUGAUGGGAUAUUUUACGUUAUUGAUCCUGGGUUUGCAAAGCAAAAUGUUUAUAACCCAAAACAAGGACUUGAUUCAUUGGUGAUAACUCCGAUAUCACAAGCUUCAGCCAAACAAAGAGCAGGACGUGCAGGGCGUACUGGACCUGGAAAAUGCUAUCGCCUAUAUACUGAGAGCGCAUAUAGGAAUGAGAUGCCUCCCACCACGAUUCCUGAGAUUCAAAGGAUAAAUCUUGCAAUGACUACUCUCAACAUGAAAGCUAUGGGAAUAAAUGAUCUUCUGUCCUUUGAUUUUAUGGAUCCACCAUCAUCCCAAGCUAUUAUUUCAGCCAUGGAACAGCUCUAUAGUCUUGGAGCAUUGGAUGAAGAGGGCCUUUUAACCAAAUUGGGGAGGAAAAUGGCAGAAUUUCCCUUGGAUCCACCAUUGUCUAAGAUGUUACUUGCCAGUGUGGACCUUGGAUGUAGUGAUGAGAUAUUGACGAUAAUUUCCAUGAUUCAGACUGGCAAUAUUUUUUACAGGCCUAGGGAAAAGCAAGCCCAAGCAGAUCAGAAGAGGGCAAAGUUUUUCCAGCCUGAAGGUGACCAUCUCACACUGCUUGCUGUUUAUGAGGCUUGGAAAGCCAAGAAUUUUUCGGGACCAUGGUGUUUUGAGAACUUUGUUCAAUCUCGAUCAUUGAGGAGAGCACAGGAUGUCAGGAAACAGCUUCUCACCAUCAUGGAUAAGUAUAAAUUGGAUGUUGUAAGUGCUGGAAAAAACUUUACCAAGAUCAGAAAGGCGAUCACUGCAGGAUUCUUUUUCCAUGCAGCAAGGAAGGAUCCCCAGGAAGGCUACAGAACCCUUGUUGAGAACCAGCCUGUAUAUAUCCAUCCAAGUUCAUCUUUGUUCCAGAGACAACCUAGUUGGGUCAUCUACCAUGAACUUGUUAUGACUACUAAGGAAUAUAUGCGUGAGGUCAUAGUGAUAGAUCCUAAAUGGCUUGUUGAAUUGGCCCCAAGAUUCUUCAAAGUAUCAGAUCCUACAAAGAUGAGCAAGCGAAAGCGUCAAGAGCGGAUUGAACCACUCUAUGACAGAUAUCAGGAGCCAAAUUCAUGGCGUUUGAGUAAACGCCGUGCUUGAUAUGCAAUUCAUCUUCUUCCUCUUAAUGCAAUGUAUUGCGUAGUGUUUACACUACAUUUCUGUUUAGACGCAAACUUGCCCUCAGUCCUGAUAUGAUGAUGCAGGUGUAAAUUUUGACCCUUAAUUUGUAUUAACUGUAAAUGAUGUAUAUAGGCAUAUUUACUAAGUUGUAAAUUUUAUGGGUUCCUAAAUCAAAGUCUAAGCUGUAAAUUAUGUUUGGGUAAAUUCAUGUUUAAA